AUGGCAAAUUCUGCAAAUUCUGGAAAUUCUGGAAAUUCUGGUACAGUAAUGGAAUCUCAAGAGACCGAAACAACAAGAACUUCAAGAGGUCGCACUCGUUUGGAUAAGCUGGUUAGGCAAAGGGCCCACGGAAUUAGAAAGGAUAUAAAAUUCAAUAAAUUUGGACAGCCAAUAGGAGACUUUGCUAGUGAAAUGCAAAGUUAUAUCGGCAUUCUCGCUCGGGAAAAGGUUAGGAUAAGUUACAAGUCAUGGAAGCAAGUUCCAAGUGGCGUUAAGGAUUUAAUAUGGGAAUCAGUUAAUUUGAGUUACAAUGUUGACCCCAGAUGGAAAAAGGGGUGUUUGAAUUCGGCAAAUAGUAAGUGGCGGCAAUAUAAAGCUCUCCUCACUCAUAAGUUUAUUUUUAGCAAGCUUGCUAAACCGGAAGAGUUGAAAGAACCACCAAUUGGGUAUGGUAUUACACGAGAUGAUUGGAGUGCGUUUGUAAUCAGUCGCAUGUCGGACGACUUCAAGAAAGUAAGUGAUGAGCAAAAGAAGAGAAGAAAGCAGAAUGUAUACCCACAUCGGCUUGCCCGUAAAGGUUAUGCUCGUUUUGCUGAUGAAAUAGGAGAUGAAUUAUGUGAUGAUGAAGAGAUUAAUUGA